AUGAUGCAGACGCUCUACCUAGACCCCACCCUCAGCAGCACGGCAGUGGCAGACCACAGUUCCUACUACGCGACACCGGUGUCGCAGGGCGGCGGCAAUGAUGACGAAGGCCAGGCACACCGGCUGUGCGACCGUGCCGGUGACCCGGCAAAGAACACCUCGACACAUUCCGUGGCGCUCACGCAAAGCUCCUCCUGCACAUGCCGAUCACGUGCGAGCAGCCGCAGCAACUUGCCCACCCGACAUGUGCCCCUGCCACAUGCGGCGCCGUCCUCGUCGUCGGCCUCGUCCUCCUACAGCGACGAGGACGUGGAGGACGAGACGAACGAAAAAGACCCGCGCAACUACGCCGAGGAUGUGACGAAGAAGUACCCGAUAUUCACGGAGGCCUACGCGGAGAAGUUCCGCCGCGACGCGACGCCGUUCAUGCGCGUGGUUGAGGUCGCCUCGGCGGUGUCGCGGAUCUCCUCACCGACAGGCAGCGUCAGUGGCCCCCCGCAACGUGAGAAGCAGUUUGUGCUCUACGACACUUACCUGUACGAGCGCACGCUCGGCAAAGGGACCUUCUCGAAGGUGGUGCUCGGCAUCGCACCGCCGUCCUCGCCGGCGCUGGCCACUCAAAUCUCCGGCGAUGUCCCGGCGCGGGUGGCGCUGAAGGUGUUCCGGGACAAGGAGGAGUACAUCGAGGCGUGCUGGGACGAGUUCACCAUCCUCAACUCCAUCUGCGUGGACCCACCCUCGGUAACGCCGGAGGAAGUCGUAGCGGGGGCGGCGGCUGGGCACCGUCAGGGCACGACAACCUCAUCGCCGUACAUCUCCGUCCGCUCCGUUGUCAUGUUCACCGCCUCCACGUGCGGCAUCAAACAGCAGUACUUUGCUGAUCAAGGCCGCUUCCUUGUGCCCAUGGGGUACGUUGCGCAUCCGGUGCACCCGGCCAUUGUCUUUCCUGUGAUGGGGCCGACACUUCUGAACGUGCUGAACACCAUCCGGCAGAAGAGCAAGGAGGUGACCCGCGCGUCUCGGCACAAGCGGCUGCGCACGGAGGCGCAGUCGGGGAAGAACACCUGCAGCGACAGCGCCUUCUCCACGAUGCCACAACAGCUCUCUGCAACGGCAGCUACCGUGGACAUGGGUGCCAGCGGGGACGCACAGCAGCCAUUGCCGCCGUUCCCACAGGAACAACCGCAGCGGCAGCAGCGGCGGCGUGUGUACUACCGGGGCCUCCCUCUCCCGCUCCUCAAGGCAGUGCUGUAUCAGGUGCUGACCUUCCUGAAGUUUAUCCAUUGCCGCGGUGUCGUGCACACAGACCUGAAGCCAGAAAAUGUUCUCUUCGAGUCCUCCAAGGUGCUCUCCGUCGAUGUCGGCAUCUAUUACACCCACUACCUCCGUCGCCACACCGACAGCGUUGCCAAACGCACGCCCUCCGCCACCGAGACCAAAAAGCGGUCGAAUGAUGACUGCAAGCUCCACAGCUCCUCUCUCGAGCAACGGGCACACCGCCAUGAGCAGAUGGCCUUCACCCUCUCCUCGCCCCCACCGUCAUCGAGCCCCAGCAUCUCCGCCGUCACGGGUGCAGCUGGGGAGGGGGAGGGGCUCAAAGUUAGUCCGAUGGAAGUGUCGCGUGCGGCGGUCGACGGGGUGGCGUCGAUGUCGUCGGCGGGUCUCAGCACCGUACCCGUCGACGUAACCCCAUCCCAAAAGGGCGACUUGACACUGGCGCACUAUGUGAGGGUGCCGAUGCCGGUGAUGAACAGCGUGCGUGUCGUCGACCUCGGCGCAGCGCAGUUUCUCUCCACCUUCCGCGACCACAGUCUCAUCCCAGGCUACGCGCACGUCCCGGUCAGCUACAACCCGAUCCAGACCUCCCACUAUCGCAGCCCUGAGGUGCUGCUGGGCUUUGGCUGGAACACCUCGGCGGACAUCUUCUCCCUGGGAUGCAUGAUCCCGGAGCUGCUCACAGGCGAGUGUCUGUUCAUGCCGAACCACACGAUGGAGCACCUGGCCAUGAUGCAGCACGUCAUUGGCGCCUUUCACGACAAGGACGGCAUCCGAAGCGGGACGGCGACAAACCUGCGCAGCGUCUUCGCCAGCGACAUGCGCACCUUCCGCCACUACUUCACCCUCCAGCCGAACAACCGUGACUUUGACCUCAAGUGGCCUGUAUCGAAAAGCAUGGUACAUGAGCAGGAGAAGCAGCAGCGCUUCGCGUCGGCGGCAAGCGGAAAGACAGAGGAUGAUGGACUAGAGCCCCUCGAGGAGACACUUCCGGGGGACAUCGACUACGUGACACGCAUGCCGACCCUGGAUGAUAUUCUCGCCCCGCUGCCGGACCUGCUGGACCUGACGCGGCGCAUGCUUUGCUACCACCCAUUCAAGCGCAUCACAGCAGAGGAGGCCAUGCAGCAUCCCUUCUUCCGGAAUAUUUAG